AGUCAGUGCGGCUUUCACCGUAUGCCGGUAACAACUGAUUCUCGUGGCAACUUUUGCACUUUUCCGUCUCUGGGCUCGUUGCGUGGUUGCUUCUUUUCCGGGAGAGUGAUGGUGUGAAUCCUGAUGAAAAUCCCAUGUCUGGCAAUUUAUUAUUGCCGUACUUGUCGGGCUUUUCUCUAACGCUCUUUUAGUGUUGUGAAGUGCAUUUUUUGAAAGGCAAAAGGGACUAUACGAGUAGUAAAUUGUGUCGUCAUAAAUUUGAUUGCUGCCUCUUAUUCAUCGUGUCCCAUUCAUUCCUAAGGAUCCAUUGGUGAAUUUCCUUUUUUUUUUCUUCCACGCGAUUAGGAAUUUUUGCCAGCCUUGGAAGCUCCCCAUGGAUUAUAUUCCACUCAUUAUUAUUAAAAGAUGUCAUAGGAAUGGAGGACAAUAAUUUAUAUGGAUUAUUUCUCCGUCGAGGACUCACAGAUUAGUUUCGUUUGCGUGAAAGCCUAACCAAGGAGGGAUCAGGAAGAAAGGACGGAAAUUUUAUUUUGGGAAUGGUUAGAGUUAUUUGUGGUAUUUUGUGUGCAAAAUAAUAAAAAACACUUUUCUCCAGGAUAUUUAUUUUUUUUGUUCAGUGAAGUUUCCCAGAGUAAAUAAGACAAGAUAAUAAAUUAAUCUAUUACACCGUCCAACUUUCUCAAUAAAACCGCGCACAGGAUACAGAGAAAAAAAAAGCUUUCCCAAAAAGUGCUCCAGUGCAGUUGGAGUCUUGAGUUGCAGUGUUGUCAACAGUGGCCCCAAUCGCGAAGAGAACAAGGUGGUGGCAAAAGUACUUUAUUUAUUAGUUUGGGAAAGAACGUGAAGUGUGUUGUUGGGAAAACAAGGGCUAAAAAAAAGGGAGAAUGGUUAGUGUUGGCGGAUGGUUUGUUGGCUUUCAGCACGACACACUAUUGUAAGUUAUUUUAUGAGUGAAAAUGUCCAAAGUGGUUUAGUUGCCAUCUCACAAAUAACAUGCAGACAUAGCCAAACAUGUGGAUUAUGUGAGUCCUUUUUGCACAAAACCAGCGCUUUGCAGUGGAAGGUAAAGUUUCAAGUGGAUGGAGGCAUAUUGAGUGUUUGUUAAAGUGCUGUGUAACACAUUUUUCCAUUGACUACAUCCUCCCUCGAGCUUCACAAAUUUUUCGUGACACACUCCAAAGAAAAAAAAUAAAUAAACCGCGUCAGAAGACUUGAAGGAGCUACAAUUUUAUCUCCUUAACGUCUCUCUAGUUGAAUCCCAGGAUGGAUCAUCCAAUCACAACGCCACCGAGGCGUCGGGACCUCAAUGACCUGGCCAAUUUGCUCCACAAUUCAGAGUCCUGCAAGACGACUCCCAAUAUUGUCCGGAGGCUAGAGCCACAUCAUCGAGCACUUCUGGAGAGUGGUAGUCAGAGUGCCAAGUCGUCGCCUCUUCCACAUCGGCGCCUGGACAAGCUUGAAGGAGUGAUCCGGGAUAAGCCCUGUCUAGGGGUACGGAAGCGCGAAGAUGAGAUAAAUUCCUCAGCUGAGUGUUCUCCAUCCGUUGGAAGAAAGUUCAGUGGAGGAUGUGCAGGAAGACGUCACCAAGACACUCCGACCAUGGGCACUCCUGUGGCCAGGCGUCGAGUUGACUCCGAUGGCUCCAGGAGGAAGGUGUCCUGUGAUGAGUGCUCAGGAGUUCGACGUCGUGAAGUUUAUUCGUCACCGAUGAAGGGAGUUCUUGGAGAACCUGGCGCUUUCUCCUCCCCUAUUCUCAAUAGAAAAAGCGCUGGAGACUCUGUAGCUCUCUUUAGUGGUGUCAUGAGCAAAUCUGCCCUCGUGGAUGAUGGAUCUCCAUCGAGGAUUGCUCCUGCUGAAGAUGCAGAUGGUGAACUGUCAUGUCAGCCGGACCAGACGAUAGUAUCGGGAUGGCUAAAGUUUCGGGACAACAAGCGGUGGAAGAUUCGUUGGGGUGUCGUGACGAAGUUGUCUCCAGCAGCAGAUUGUCUCCACCUUCAGCUGUACCGAGACUCAAAGGAUCGAUACAAGCACAGCCAGACGAAAGCUUCCCUGUCACUGCAACACUUUCUGGGCGUUGAGUCUGGAUUUACAUUAGACAAAGAGUCCAACACAAUUGCCAUUAUUUGUCAAGAUGUUAUCGUUGUGCUAGCAUUUGAUACAAGAGAACGUUUAAUUCAGUGGCAGGUAAAAAUUUCCACAAAUCUUGGAGACGAUAUUCAGUAUUUAAUACUGGUGUCAACGGCACCAUCCAAGGCGAAGGUGUCGACAGGACCUGCCAGGAUGCACGUGCAGGAUCAUCGAUUUUGUCUCACAACUGGUGUUCCGCCCAGACUGGCUGGACUCUGGGAGAUUGGCCAUCUCAGGCGCUACGGGGUCGUGGACAAUCGCUUCUGCUUCGAGGGUGGGUCACAGUGUGGCAAAGGCGAAGGGUUGUAUGUACUGGUAACGGAUCAAGGGGAUGAGAUUACUCAUACUCUCAAAGUCGCCUCUCAAGGAAAAUUAGCCACUAAGAGACGUCCUGUUGCAAGAAAGCUCUCGGCUCUCGAUAGCCCUCGAAAACUUUCACCACGUCCUGUUGAGGAUGGGGUGAGUUUGUCGGCAAACCAUCAUUUUCACACGGAAGAAAAUAACUGCAUCUGCAGUAGCCGAACGUCUUUCUGGCCAUCACAGGAAUCCCGCGAUCUCGACAGUAAUUACGGCUGUGGAGAUACGGUAUCAGUAUCUGAGGCUCAUGAUGCCCUUGGAGAUGGAGAUAUGUUCCCAGGACGUUCAACAAUGGCCCACAUUGAACGAUGCAUGAGUUGCAUCUCAAAGCUAGGAGCUCCUUCGAUGUCGAGGAGUUCCACAGCUGCUGGAACACCCGGACUAGCUCCUAAUCCAGCAUGGACAAUCUCCGAGUAUCAGACCUACCCAACGACAGGACAGCCAGCCGGACCACCAACUAAAGGUCACGACCGGAUGUCUCUAUGCUCCUCCCAUACAGGCAGCAGCAGUAACUCUGAGUACUCAGUGCCCAGAAGUACCUACGGACCCGAUGGGACCUGGUGUGAACACAAUGGACCUCCACGGCCACCAAAACCCAAAUCCCUGCAGAAACCACCGAUGCCACUGCCUCUGUCUUCCCCGGCAGGAGCCCAUGUAGGCCCCUACGAGAACUACGAUGUUCCCCGGACCCCAGUAGCUCUGGACGCUGACAAUUACGACACUCCUAAGAAGAUUCACGAGUACCUGGCAGCAGACGUCAACAGCAAUCCCAGUGGAGGUUCCUAUGCAAAUUACGACAUCCCUGCCACAGUAGGAAAGAUGUGUGGAUGCCUAGGCAAAUCAAACAGCGGCGCUAAAACCCUUGAACGAGAUAGAGCUGACUGCACCUGCACAAAAGUGAUGUCCUGGGCAGACAACUGGAUUACGCUACCUUACUGCCGUCGAGGGAAUACUAUUGAAAACACAGGAGUGCCCAUCAGUCGGGUAAAGCUGAGUGGUGAGGGAAAGAUGCCAGUGAUGCAACCCAGCGGAGAGCUAGCGAUCUAUGCUACUGUCGACAUGGCUAAGAAACUAAGUCGACGAAUGGCAGAAAAGUGUGAAUGUGUUCCGGAUGAUGUUUCUGAAUCAAGUUCAUCCAACUACAUCAACCUGGACCCUUCACGAGAGCCAACAGGACAACCCACAGACACUAACUAUACCAACAUGGAUUUUGCUCAAUCCCUGGAACACUACGAGAAUUCCAGGAAUGUCCUCGAAAGAGCAGGCAUCUGUCCUGAAGACGAUGAAGAAGCCCCAAAAAUUUGCCACAAAUGUGGACAUACAGCUGGAAAAUUGACAGAUUCCGGUGCCAAGACUCCCGGAAAUGAGGCCAAGACUCCGUUGGAGGGGUUGGAAAAGAAUGAGAAUUAUGUGAUGAUGGAACCGCGCAAAGAUCGCGGAGAAUUUCCCGGUUAUCUUCCUAUGUCACCUGCAGCUCCACAAUCAGUUGCCAGUCCUCCGAUUCCGACUAAAAGUGACCUCAUAAAGCAGAGGAUGAAUCGGAUUAUUGGAGAAAAAUCCGCCAGUAAUCCUAGUCUCAAUGGACCCACUGUGGAUAGGACUAAAAAGCGAUCGGAGGAUGACACAAGAGUUCCGGGGAGUGCAAUGAUGAGAAGCGGAGUGAAUCCUUAUACACGCAAACAGUUGAUGGACAAUAGUGAUCUCCUUCCAGGAAAUGGCGAUAAACGCCUGAUUGCCAGGAAGAGAUCAUCUUCUGCUGAUUCUUCGCGAUUCCUCGAGGAAGUUGAAGAAUUCGACAGUACAGAAACGCUGAGAAAAUCUUCUCUGACUCAACUAGAGGGACGCAGAUCUUCCUCACCGUGUCUGCAUCAGGAAGCUGAACCAUGCGAAGACAAUGCCUGUUGCAUCAAAGCCUCCACAAGUACGCCAACAGAAAAAGCAGCUAUCGCAGAACCCGAAGAUGACAUCUCCGGAUCAACCACACAAAGCCAAAACUCCCAAUCUGUAUACAUUAGAAGAUCAGAAAGUGUUCCAUGUAAGGCGCAGAAUCGUGAUUCUUCCAGUUCGAAUGAUUCCGGUGUAUCAACGGGAUCUCUGCGUCAGCGAACUGGAGAUUUUGCCGAUUUUGAGCUUCCACUCACCACCGCAAUGUCCGCCCGCCGCCAUCAGAAACAUAUCCUUCCGGCCACCGGUUGUGUUCAUGCCUCUCUGCCGCGUCGCUCUAAGUCAUUCGAUCCGCUGCGGGAACUCAGUUUCCAGUUCCAGAAAAUCAAAAUUCCAGAGAAGAGCACAUCUGCCGAGGCAGAGAUUCCUAUUUGUCCGCCCAAAGUUAAGGGAUUCGCCAGUCCUGGAGAAGUUGUAUCUGCUGGACCACCUUACAUUGAUUCCCGAAGUACCAGUAGCGGAACAUCUGACAUGUCAGACUACAUUGAAACACUCUCACUGUCCAGUCACAGUUCUUCAGACACUCCAGAAGGAAUGAGAUUAAUUCGUCCAGCCACAUCGACAUUGCGUCCAAGAUCAGGAAAAGAAUACCAAAACAUAGACAGAUCGAUUCUAUGUCUAACACAGCAGGGUAUCAAUGUCCCAGGAGAUCCCACCAAAAUGACCCCAUCGCAGUUCCGAAGUUUACUACCAGGUUCAGCCAAUUAUGCCAACAUCACGCCAGUUCCCGAAAAUGCUGAAUCUCCAAGCCCAGGCUAUCAGAGUGGCUCUUCUCCGCCAGAGAAUCAAGGAGACCAUUUUAUGUUCAAGGUGAGCCCAACACAAAAUGCUGCCGAGGUUAAAACGGAAGCUGAAGACAAGGAUGACAUAACGAUUUAAACCACAGGGACAUUUUUGGUUAAGUAGGUCUUCUUCUCCGAAAUUCUAUCAUCUGCUUCAUCCCAUUUACUUUUCUAUCCCUUGUAAGAAAUGUAGAAGAAGCGGUCUCUUCUUAUACUAUGCAACGCCUAUUGUGUUUCUAAGCUUGUGAUCUGAUGAAAUUUUAUUAGUUUUUGGUACUUAGGUGACCGUAGCUCCGAAUCUUCUUAACCAAUUUAAUCGUUUUCAGGAGAAAAUUAAAGGUCUUGAAAUCUCCGGAAACUCUGAGGAACUAUCGGAGUUUGCAAGACCACUAGAGGCGCUGUAAUCUGUUAAGAGAGACUUAGGAAAAUCUUAGCAAUUUCCAACCUAGAUAUCUAGAGAAGAACUAUGCAAAGUACAUUUCCUUCGUGUUAAAGAAGGAUACUAAGUGUUCUUUUUUUCGCAAACGUCGAUUGAAGAUUUGAAGAAUUCAACUUAACCUGAAUAACCUAGAGCUUUCGUUGUAAGCUUCGUUGUGGAGGCAAAGUGGAAGGGAGCGACGACGUUCUCCGUGUCAUUAAGAACACCCAGUUUGUUUCCUCAUUGACAAGCAUACGAGUAUUAGCUCGUACUGAGAUCAUUUCGGCGGUCUUCGGGGACCUUCGGUUGGUGCUUUCUCCUCCCGUACUAGCUUCUCCUUUUCGCUCCCUUUUCACUUGCACGCAUUGGCGUUGAAUCUAGACAUCUGGAGAUCCUCGCGCGAGUUUAGCGGUUAUCGGGGUUCAUCAGCUAGAGUUUUACUACAGUCCGAAAUCUACCUCUUCGCUUUAGAACUAGUUGAACGCUUUUAGCGGCUGGUCUCGGAAGAUUGGAAGGAAUGAUAGGUGGUAGGCUCUCUUAACCAACUAGCCGUCACACUUUCUAGCGCUCAGAUAGAUUUUCCUGAGAGACCCAAACCCGCAUGUCCUUAUUAUCUGACGUUCUAGACCGAACUAACUCUCUCAGCUCUCUAACUUAUAGGUACAGUGACAAAGACCCAGAAGACAAUAACACAGCAACGGUUUAGAAGCGGCCCAAGAACGGAUUUGAAUGUUAACGUUUAAAACAACCAGGAUUUUUGCAAACGUAUACAAUUCAUUCGAAAUAGGUUUACAUUUGGGUGACCUCGGACAACGCGCUGUCUCCCUAUCCCAGAACGGAUAUCACCCUCAAGCGUUAACGUGGACGAUAGCCGUCGAUCUUAGCCACGAUUCUUUCCUUUGGUACGUACGUGACGUCUUCAAGUUCGUCUGUUAUCCUUUGUUGGGAAAAUCUUGUAUUACCUCAAUCCCUUCAAUUUUUACAUCCCUAUUUCUCGUCUUUCGUUCCUUCCUUCCUCUGGUUCUUCCGAUGGGAGCACGGUGGUUUAGGUGGUAAAUUUGAAAGAGAUGGAUGUAGCGAAGGAUGUUGGCCGGGAAGCCCCGCACUGGUCUGAUCUUCGCAGCGGCUCCGGAUAGUGGAGCUCAGUGAGCUCGCUUGUCUGUGGUAACGGUGGAGGAUCUCGCGUCAAUUUGCAUGUGAGGAUCUGGGUGAUCUCCAAUGUUGCUUCCCCGGUGUCCGGUGGUAGAACCGGAAAAUUGGCGGUCUUUCUUCUAUGGCCAGCCGUUUUCUUCUCCCGCCUCUCUCCGCUUCCAACGCACUCGUCGCCUCAUCAGAGCACUUAAUUUCACAAUUUGCAAUUUGAAUGUGCAAUACCUUGUCUCUCCUGGGACGCAAGUUAGUGCAAGGAAUUGUUCCUUACCUCUCGCACUGCUGCACGUUUCUGGUCCCUUUCAGCAGCAUCUCUCCCCUAGCCAGUAGAACACCCUCUUGAUGACUGCUGCUGCUGGGGUUUGGUCGGGCAGUCUCCCGGCAUAGCAACGGCUUUUUCCCAAAUUUACCGCUAUUGUUGGUGUUGGUCCUCUUGUGUGCUGCCUGGUGGCAGCUCCUGGCUCUUGUUGCUGCAGCUGGAUGCUUUUACUGCCUCUUUGGUUGGCUGCUGGUUCCUCCUUGUGGUCCUCAUCGGCCUACUGACCGCCGACGAAUCUGUUUCUGGAGCUCUGGAGUACUGGUUCAACACAGGAAGAGAGACGAUGCUGUUGUUCCCUCUGUCUGACCUAGGGUAAUUUCGUCUCCUGAUACGCCUAUGCUUCUCUACCUUCUUUGCUGAGCCCCUACUAACAUCCUGUGAAAUCUUAAGUGAGCAAACCUUCUCCUUCUGCUUUGGACAUCGUCACGUCUUUAGGAACACUGUUAGUAUCCAGAGAAAAGAAACUCCCACUGUCGAAUAUGAAGCCCUACCAUCGGGGAUCCUAUGAGGGAGUACGUCACUCACGCCGUUAAGACGUCUUGUCUAGGCCCUAAGUGAGUUUGAGUCUCCUCUGAUCUCUUUUGAUGCCGCAUCAUCGGCAGCGAAGUUGUGGACGAAUGUCACUCUUGAGGAGGUGUAUUUAGAUAAAUCAAGGCUGCGACGUUCCACCUCUACUUCCGAGAAGCUCAAGUCUUAUAAAUGUCACUGGCCCAAGACUUAGUCUCUUCCUCCGAAGGUCGCAUAAUUCCUUACUCCUUGACUGAUGCGACUACUCGUACAAUAAUAAUAAUAAUGGUGGCACAACGUUUCUUAGAGAAAUAUAGGCCUUCCCGCGAGGAGAGUUCGGAACAUCCAUUAUUAUAAAUGCAAAUAGAGAAAACACAGAAUUUCGACCUGGUUUUUCUCUUUCUUUAUUCUCUAUCCAAUGUUUCUGAGCUGGAUGGCUCCUUCUUUCGACCCGGAACACUUGCAUCAUAGAGCGAGUUCUCUAGCCCUUGACCCAUUGAGAUUAGAGCAUGAGACUUGCCGCAUUAGAUUAAGAUUGAACUGUCUCAAAAUCCGAUUUUGGGAGAAUUCAGUCUCAAUCUAAUGCGGCCGUGUAAAUGGCAUCAAUGAAAUCGUUUAUAUUGCUGGCCUAGAUUAAGAUUAAAUUGUCCCAAAAUCCGAUUUUGGGACAAUUUAAUCUCAAUCCAAUGCUGCGGUGUAACUGGCCUCAUUGAGUGCCUACAUUUAUAAAACCCAUACAGCGCUAAACUUUGAUUUCCCUGUACCAGACUUUUUCUACUAUUUUUAAAUGAAGCCGGACAUUAUCAUGAUAGAAAUUAGCUCUACGAACCAUUAUGUGACUACAGCGCCUCUAUUAGCGGUUUUGCAAACUGCGCUAGUACCAAAGAAUUUUCGGCGACUCCAAGACCUUUACCUUUCCCCAAACAAACAACUAAAUUAAUUCUGUAGAUUUGGACAUAUGGUAACUUAAGCUCUAAAAAUUCGAAAAAUGGUUUUGCCUAGAUCACAGGCGCUAAAGCAAACUGAGCGUUUAGGUAAAUCAUUGAACGUAAUCAAGAAAAAUGUCAUCAGAAUUCUAAAAUUCUUGCAUAGUGUUUUGUAUUCUAAAAUAGGUUAAAAGGGAAAAUUGAAAUUUGCAAUUUUGCUCCUAUUUGAGGAAAUUGUUCGCCCCUCAAUGGCAAAAUGUUUUAAGAAUAAAGCGAAUGGAAAAAAAAUGCAGGGAGGGCAAUUGAAGAGCUACAGAGAGAGAAAAAGACAUGAUACGAAAUGGUACAAGAAUAAUUCAAACCAAUUCUCAGAACAACGACUUCUCCAAGAAUUUUUCAAGUAAAUUGGUUUCCUGAUACAUUUUACAAGAUUUUAAAAGAAAGAUUUUAAGUGAAAUACUUUGCGCAAAAAAAACCAUUUAGAUUGUAAGUUCCUUUAUGAGAUACUUUCAAAAACCCUCAACUAAAUAGCUAAUUAGGGCAUAAAGUAACCCAAAACGUUUUCUCCAUUUGUACGAGGGAGCGUUGAGAAAGGAAAUUUAAAAAAAAAAAUUAAAACACAUUGUACGGAAAACUUGUCCCGAUAGAUAGUGCUAGCAAAGAUAAAUAUGUUCACUGAAAAAAAAACUUGUAAAUACUGAAUGCCAAAAAAAUUAACGUAAAUAUUCAACAACAAAAGAUAUCACCAAAUAGUAGGACAUUUGAUAGAUUAUGCAAAACAAUUCUAAUUAAAAUUAAAGAAAUAAAGAUAAAUAGAAAUAUGUUUAAGAGAAAAUAUUGAAAAUCUCAUUAAAUAGAGUUUCUUCUUUUUAUUGUACAUAUUGAAAGUUUUUUUUUUUAAAUUUAAAUAGUUCUUAUUGAAUGGAUUCCCCAAAAAAAGAAAAAUAUAUUACCCAAACUUUUUAAUAUAAAUUGCAUUUCUCUCAAAAUAGACUGAUUUUUAAAAAUGACAUAAAAGCGAGAUAAGAUAUGGAGUUUUUAUGAUGAAAAUAAAAUAAUAAAAAAACUAUUUUAAAAACGAUAUUUUUUUCUCAAAACUAAAAAUAUUCUCACAAAGCGUCAACUCAGAAGUUUCGCCUUGAAGCUCAAAGUACUGAAACUUUUGCUGAGAAAAAAAGCUCGCAAUUAAUUCUGUGUGAGGAUGUAUUUAAGCAAUAUAAAUUAUACCAUACAUUUUUGUUCAUUAGAAAGUAAUUAGAUGAAAAAUUAUAUUGAUUAAUCAAGAAAGUUGCUGAAUAAUACAGAAAAAAACACUUUUUAAACUGAAAUGAAAAAAAGAAAUAAAAGCUCAUAAAACUGACUUUCAACUCAUAACUUCUUACUCACAUUUUCACCAUCUUUCGACUUCAUCCCAAGAAACUAUAACACUUUAAAAAAAAACUCAAGUGAGAGAGAAUUUCUCAGACUCUCAAAAUAAAAGAUGAAUAUCAUUAAAUGGAAAAUAAUAUAUGGAAAAUAAAUAAAUGUAGCAGAGAAACUAAAGAUCAAAAAAAAAUUAUUUAAGGCAAAUAAAGAGCGAAUUUAAGAGUAAUUGUAAUUUAUUAUGUAAUAUGAUUUAAUAUUUUAUUCAGAAUAUUCAUUAUAUUAUUCUUUCAUUUAUCUUCCUAAAAAAUAAAUUAAGAGAAUAGCGUGAGCUGAGUAAUAAUGCAAGAGAAUUUCAAUCAAACUAAUUUUCUAAUAUUCUCUAUUCUAAUUUCAAUUUCUCAAAAUUGUUUUACAAACCCCUAAGUCAAAGAGAAACUUCAACAAAAUAAAUUUUAACUAAUAUCUUUGCGAUAUGUGAUUUGAAUUUUAAUCGUAAUAUUUCGUAUAAUAGUAAAAAAAUAAUAUUAUUUGAUACGUAUCUAAGUAUUAAGAAAAUACCAUUAUUAUAUAAAAUAAAGAAAAAAAGAAGUGGAAAAGAAAGGUUGGGAGAUUGUAAACCUAAACAUAAGGGUAUAUACUUGAGAAAAAAAAACAAAAAUAAAUAUUAUAUUUAAUGUGCAAA